AUGGCGCCACUUGCUCGAAGCCUACGAUCAAAGGACUACAGCGUCGCAUGGAUUUCGGCUAUUCAGAAGGAAUACCUCAUAGCAUGCGCACUAUUGGACGACGAACAUGAUAACCCAAUCGAUAUCGGCAAUGAUGAUAACUGCUAUACCUUUGGUAGUAUCGGUGAACACAAUGUGGUGAUUGCUAGCCUGCCAAUGGCGAGAAUGGGCUUGACCCAAGCUGGAAUUCUCGCUACAGAGAUGUUGCGGACUUUUCCCAAACUACGAUUUGGGCUCAUGAUUGGGAUUGCAGGAGCUGCACCAUCUGCGAACAAUGAUAUAAGGCUCGGUGACGUGGUUGUGAGUGUUCCAGAUGAUCAUACACGCCUUGGAGGUGUGGUUCAUUAUGGUUUUGGAGCCACAGAUCAACGAAAAGGCUUUCAAAGGCGCGGUAACCUAAAUGCGCCACCUGAAGUUCUCCUAAAUGCGACAAACAAGUUGAAGACCAAGUUUGACCGCCAAGGAAACCGUAUGGACCAUAUGAUACACCAGAUUAUCGAACAGAACUCCCCACGUCUUGACAAGUACAAGCGGCCUCCGAAGGAGUCAGAUAUUCUUUACAGGUCGACGUUUAUUCACCCAGAGGGAGCCAGCUGCUGCACUGACAUGUGCGCCAAACAAGACCAAGCUGUCAAGGAACGACUUCCACGACCCAGUAAUGUGGAUCAACCUGUUAUUCACUACGGAACUAUUGGUUCGGCUGAUAAUCUAAUGAAAGAUGCUUCACUUCGCGACCAUCUGGCUUCGAAGGACGGCAUUCUUUGUUUCGAGAUGGAAUCUGCUGGACUUAUGAACACUGAUCUAAGGUGUAUUGUGAUUCGAGGCAUUUGUGAUUACUCUGAUACUCAUAAGAACGAUGAGUGGCAGGAAUACGCUGCAGCAGCUGCGGCAAUGUAUGCGAAGGAGCUCUUGGGGGUUGUACGUGCUUUGAAAACUUUUAGGGUAGGCACAUAUGGGGUCACCAAGCUUCUCACUGGCAAGAAGAACGAUGUUCUGGACGUUCUCAAGUACGAAGGUAUGUUUGACAAAAGGGAGUACUCAAUGCCUGAAGCAAUGUACUACAACGACUGGAUCUGGGAGACAGACUUCCCCAAAUGGUUGUCCACUUCUGACCGCCCUUAUUGGAUCAACGGCAAGCCAGGUUCUGGCAAGUCGACUCUGAUGGCAUAUUUGGCGGUCUCAAAACAGACAAUGGCCCAGUUACGGAUACGGGAUGAAAGUUAUUGGACAGGUCACUUCUAUUUUGAUUAUCGAGCAGGAAAAAAUCUGCCAAAUAACAUCACUGGCUUGUAUCGAACACUGCUCCACCAGUUAGCCGAUCAAAACGAGCAAAUCAAGGAGCGGUUGACAACUCUACUUGAAGGUGGACGACUCAGGGUUGACAACCAGCAAAAUCUGCUUGAUGCAUUAUGUGAAGCUCAGAUUCUGUCCGGAUAUAAAUUCUGUCUUUUCCUAGAUGGUCUUGAUGAAUUCGAAGGAGGGGUGAUCGAAGUUGUUCAUAUAUGUCAGCUUCUGAAGCAACGCAUCCCGGUCAAGUUCUGUUUAGCUAGCCGACCUGAUUCUCAACUCGCUAACACGCUCAAUUUGUGGUCACAGAUCACAAUGCAAGAAUUCAACGAAGUCAGUAUGCUGCGUUAUAUUGAAAGAAAGGUCCAAAAAGCAAGUACAGCAAAUUAUACCAUUGAGCGAAGAUUCCAUCCAACACUCACGAAAUACCUCAUUCGUCGUGCUGAAGGUAUCCUACUAUGGUUCAAGUUGGUGGUUGAUAUGGUAGUCGAACAAUUUGACCAAGGAGCAUCCAACAGUGAGAUUGUGGAUCUUGUACAAGAUGUUCCUGAUACGCUUGACGAAGUCUUAUCAUCGGAUCCUGGAAAUGAUACCGCAACGGGAUCGACCUGA